AUGUUAGGCCGGCGAGGCCAGGCUGUCUCGGAGGCCGUGAAGAAGGUUGGAGCCGUGCCAAAGCCGCGGGGCAGAGAGCGUAAGCAGGGCCGGGGGCGACGCUGCGCGGUGCCAGGGACGCCGCUGCUCUUGUGCUGCUACCUGGCUUACCUGGCAUUGGGCACGAGCGUGUUCCAGGCGCUGGAGAGCGGCGCCGCACGGGACUCCAAGGAGGGGUUCCAGAAAGAAAAGUGGGCGUCCCUGAGCAACUACACGUGUCUGGACAGCCGGGCGCUGGACGCCCUGAUCCGGGACAUUAUCCAGGAAUACAGGAGCGGAGUCAUCUUCCCCAGCAACACUACCAGCAUGGGCCGAUGGGAACUAGCAGGCUCCUUCUUCUUCUCUGUUUCCACCAUCACAACCAUUGGUUAUGGGAACCUGAGCCCCCAAACAAUGGGUGCCCGACUCUUCUGUAUCUUUUUUGCCCUCUUGGGAAUCCCUCUCAAUCUUGUGCUGCUCAACAGGCUAGGACGUCUCAUGCUCUCCUGGGUUCAGCAUUGGGCCCAGUGGCUGGCUGGGGCCCAGAAGAACCAGGCCAGAGCCCGGUGGUUCGCUGGCUCCUGUGCCCUCCUCUCUGGCCUCCUACUAUUUUUCCUAUUGCCUCCAAUCCUCUUCUCCUACAUGGAAGGCUGGAGUUAUGAUGAGGGAUUCUACUAUUCCUUCAUCACCCUCAGCACUGUGGGUUUUGGUGACUAUGUGAUAGGGAUGGAUCCAGAGCGAAGGUACCCAGUAUGGUACAAGAAUGUCGUAUCCAUGUGGAUCCUCUUUGGGAUGGCUUGGCUGGCCCUAAUCAUCAAUUUGGUCAUAUCCCUGCUGGAGAGUUCAACUGUCCUGUGCACAUGCAGCCGAAGGAACUCACAAGGGACAUGCAGAUCCACUGCAGACACCAAGCCCCAUAGACCAAAAGAAAAACUUGGAAACAAUGGUGGGAACCCUGCCUGUAGCUGA